UAUAUAAACAAUUAGUUACUUGUGUUAGAACAGUCCACGUGCUGCUGAGCUGACGGCCUGCAGAGCUGUGCUGCAGAGAUCCACAAAGAAGGACAGAUACUCUGUAUAGAAAGAAAUGUCAACAGAUGUGUGGGUAGGACCCUGGAGACCUCACAGGCCAAGAGGACCCAUUGCAGCAUUAUACAGCAGUCCUGGUCCAAAAUAUGCCCUUCCAGGCACUACAGGAACUGUGUAUCACGAUCCGAGAAAGUACAAGGCACCUGCCUUCAGCUUCGGUUCUCGUCAUUGUCAGUUUUCCAAUGACUGCUCUCCUGGGCCUGGAUACCUAGUCCCACCUAACAUCACUAGGAUAGGAAGGGAUGGCACGCCAGCAUAUUCAGUCUAUGGGCGUCCCAGAGAUCUAGUACUCUUCCAGACCCCAGGGCCAGGCCGUUACUCUCCAGAAAGGUCAGGAAAAUCUGCAUAUUAUUCUGCUCCUGCCUACUCUCUCUCAGCCCGAACCAAGGGAUUCCGCAAUGACCAAACACCAGGACCUGCGGCCUAUAUGCUUCCACCUGUGUUGGGCCCUAAGACAGUGAACAAAACAUCAGCUCCCAACUUCUCCCUGACUGGCAGGAGCAAGAUUGGCAGCUUUCAUGAGGAUCUUCAAAAGACUCCUGGGCCAGGGACCUACAAAAUCGUAGAGCCCUGCAUGUACAAGUACAAACCUCCUCAAUACAGCAUGACGGGACGCAACAGUAUGCCAGGGGACACCACCCAGAAACCAGGACCUGGCGCUCAUUGUCCUGAACAGGUAACAUUUACGAGAAACAAACCUCCCAGUUUCUCGUUUGGAGUCCGACACUCAGAGUACGUGGCUCCUCUCGUCGUGGAUGUAGCUGAUUAAAGUGCAUUUUUUGCCAAUCUCCCUGCUGGCUUCACACCAGGAUCUUUUGGGAUUCAAGACUCUGGAACUUUGGACACUGUAAAAUUGCAAGGCAAACCAAAUAAUGUGCACAUCCUUCUGAAAUAUCUCAUGUUUAAUCUCCAUA